AUGAACGGAGUUAACUUUCAUGUGAUGUGGCAAACAGCGAGAACACUCUUAUGCCAGCUUCCAUCUUCACUCUCUGACACGUUGUUGGGGGCAAAGAAAGUUGAGGAGGUACAUCUGAAGGUCGUCUUCUUGAGGAGGAUUGGGGAUAUAGGGUUUGGUGCUGCGGAAUCAGUCUCGGAAAAUUCCAUCCAUGAAUUCUCGGUCAAGGGAAGUGGCAGUAGCGGUGGCACUGCUCCGUCGUCUGCGCCGGUGAAGCAAUAUUUGCAGGAGUUCUCUAAGCUGUUUCAGUACUAUCUCGACAAAUCUACCCCCCAUUCCGCCUACAGAUGGAUUGGGACAUUGGUUCUGUUAUAUGUGAAAAAUGUGUUAAUUAUUGUUGUGAAAUAUUUCCAGGCUCCACUAUUAAAAAAGUAUCCUGCAAACCUGUCUGUCACGGCAUAUUCAUACUUCUUUGGAGCUGUUCUGAUGGUAACUACAUCAUUCUUUGCAACUAACGAGUCAACUGACUGGAGAUUGACACAGUCUGAAACGAUUGCUGUUAUUUAUGCGGGAUUUAUCGCAUCUGCCCUUAAUUAUGGACUGAUUACAUGGUGCAACAAGAUCUUGGGGCCAGCCAUGGUUGCUCUUUAUAACCCACUUCAACCAGGAGCUUCGGCUCUCCUGUCCAGAAUUUUUCUAGGAACUCCAAUUUACAUGGGAAGCGUCGUAGGGGGAUCUAUGAUCAUUAUUGGUUUGUAUGCGGUUACUUGGGCGUCUUACAGAGAAAGACACGCAGCUGCUGCAGUUAUUUCUCAUGAUAAGAAUUCUUAUAGAAUUAACAUUUUUUCAGGCCCCUCCACCAUGUCCCCUAAGCCUUCAGAUUAACGGUAUGUAAAAAGUUGUCUCAUUAUUCUUUCUUGUUUUUAUAUGUAAUGUUUUCAAGAAUUCAGAGAGAAUCAACGUUAAAUUUUUUAUAAACUUGUCCACAAAUUGGA